AUGGCAUUGACGUCAAAGCAGCGUCUGGCACUGGCCAUAUGCGACUUCCUCUCUUCAUCUACAUCUGAUGGUACCAUCUCAUCCGACGAUGGUGACUCUAUCGAUGUGGCCAUAAAUUGCAUAUCCGAGGCUUUCAAGAUCGACCCUACCGACGAAGCUGCAAUCACAGAAGCUGUUGGUGACCAGAAUUUACAGAAGAUUUACAGCGUGUAUGAAAAACUCAAGAAUUCCUCCAAGUCCUCCACACCGACUACGAUGCCAGAAUCACCGUCUUCCACUUCUGCUUCUGUUCCUACACCCUCAGGCUUAGUCACCGAGGCUGCUAAGAAGGAGGCUGAAGGCUUGAAAUCGAAGGGCAACAGUGCCAUGGCGCAAAAGGAUUAUGCUGGGGCUAUCGAUCUAUACACAAAAGCGCUUGGUCUUUAUCCCAGGAACGCCAUUUAUUUGUCCAAUCGUGCUGCUGCAUAUAGUGCCGCCAAAGACCACGAAAGUGCCAAGACUGAUGCAGAGGCUGCCGUCGCAAUUGACCCAAACUAUACAAAGGCGUGGAGUCGCCUAGGACUGGCAAAGUUUGCUCUUGGGGAUGCGAAGGGCGCUAUGGAGGCGUACAAGAAAGGCAUCGACUAUGAAGGCAACGGGGGUAGUGAUGCGAUGAAAAAGGGCUUUGAAACAGCCAAAAGAAGAGUUGAAGAGCUCAAUUCAGACGAUAUCGCGACAGCUUCUACUCCCCGCGGUUCAGGUUCUACGAGCACACCUGAUUUGGGAGGUCUGGCCAGCAUGUUUGGAGGUGGUCGGGGUAGCAACGCAGCUGGUGGUAUGCCCGACUUCAGUUCCAUUAUGAACAACCCCAUGUUUUCCUCCAUGGCCCAGAAUCUCAUGAGCAACCCGGACUUAAUGUCGAACUUGAUGAGUAACCCUCGACUGAGGGAUAUGGCAAAUCAAUUUGGAGGUGGAGGGGGAAUGCCCGAUUUGUCAACACUGAUGUCCGACCCAAACAUUGCAGACAUGGCACGGUCAAUGAUGGGAGGUGCUGGAAGGGGGGCAUCCGGUGGAUCCAACGAGUGA